AUGACAAACCCUAUCUUCCCUGUGCCAGCAGGCACUGAGACUGUCCAAGUCCGCAUCAUUGACACCAGCACCCGGAUGGCCAAACUCCCACUGGCCUUUCUCAUGCAACCGCCUAUGGAGGGAAUGCAAUAUAUGCCCGAGAUGCCUGCAUGGUCGUUUUUAAUUGAACAUUCUUCUGGUCAAAAGCUUGUCUUCGAUCUCGGGGUACCAAAAGACUGGCGUUCAUUCUCGCCAGUUAUCCUCCAAAUAAUUGACUCCAUAAACUGUGAAAUUACCGUUAAAGAUGAUGUGAUUGAUAUAUUGAAAAACAAUGAUAUUCCAGCCGGUCAAAUCUCCGGUAUCAUUUGGAGUCACUGGCAUUUCGACCAUAUCGGUGAUCCCUCGAAAUUUCCAACCUCAGCCGAUUUGAUUGUCGGUCCCGGGUUCAAGGAUGCUUUUUGUCCUGGCUAUCCCUCAGCUCCCGACUCCCCCGUUCGUGAGAGUGAUUUCGCUGGAAGGAAUCUACGAGAAAUUGAUUUCUCCGAUUCUAUCGAAGUGGGCCAAUUCCGAGCCUAUGAUUUCUUUGGGGAUGGCUCUUUUUAUCUAGUCGAUACCCCUGGCCAUGCAGUGGGCCAUCUGAGUGCCCUGGCUCGAACCACCACAAGCCCGGAUACAUUCAUCUUUAUGGGAGGGGAUUUAUGUCAUCAUAGUGGUCAAAUUAGACCAUCUAAGCAUAUGCCUCUUCCCUUUGAUAUCCAGAAUGCGAUUCCUGCGACUGUGCUGCCUUGUCCUGGGGCUCAGGCAUAUGAGAAGUUGCUUCUUCGUCGAAAUGGGGCAUUUUUUACCCCGGCCACUAUGGUUGGGACUGAUUCCAAGACGACUAUUAGAACUAUAGAGAAAGCACAAGAUGCAGAUGCAGAUAGUAAUAUCUGGUUUAUCUUUGCGCAUGAUCCGAGCUUGUUAGGAAUUGUCGAUUUGUUCCCCUUGCCGGCGAAUGAUUGGAAGAAAAAUGGUUGGCGCAGAAAGACUCUCUGGGCAUUCCUUCGAGACUUCGAUAUGGCCAUUGCUGCACAGGAUAAGGAAGUCGGCCAAGUCUCUAUCUGA